UCUCAGUUUCCCAUCUCUCUCUCAACGCGAAAGCUCCUUUUGCUGCCGGCGCUUUUGACAUAGUGUAGGUGUACGUAUGUGAAUGUGAGUGUCGUGUUCUCUCUCUCUCUCUCUCUCUCUUUCUCUUCGCCGAUCGAAAAUUAUGAUUCGACGAGGUGACUCCGCAAGGUGAUCGAAUCAGUCGCGCGAUCGGUUCCCGAGGACUCGUCGCGUUUCUCCUCGACUACGUUCGUGUUUACAAACGAUUUCAAAAGUUAUUAUCAUUUCUUUUAAAUUUUUCCCGAGGGAUUGAUAAGAUCAAUUGAUCUCUCUACGAGUGGAUUGACCGACAGGCAGGUUAACGACACCGAUGAUCGUGACUUCUCGUAAUAAUUCUCGAAGAAGGAAUUAAAAAGAAAAAAACAAAAAAAAAAAAAAAAAGAAAAGAAAACAAACGACGAUCGUCGUGUUGAUCGGUGAAUCAAUCGAGAAGAUUCGAGCGGGAAAUUUGAUUUUCUCGCCAAAAAAUCACGCGUAUGUUUUUUCUCGAGUGAUAACGCACGAUAAGGCUCGAAAUGAGGAUCGAUUGAAAGAAAUAAAAAAUAAAAAAAAAAAAAAAAAAAAAAAUAAAUAAAUAAAUAAAAAUAAAAAAAAAUAAGCAAAAAACGAAACGAAAAGGAAGAAAGAAAAAAAGAAAGAAAGACGAACGGAGAAAGAAAGAAAGAAAUCUUUCGAGUUUGGAUCUUUGAAGUGCCGUCGCGACGGUGGAGGAUAAAGAGGUAAAUCGGCUUGGAAAGAGGUACGACGAAGCUGCAACUGUGGAGGGUCUUUCCGUUUACUGGGAGGAUUUCGUCGAGCAGCAUCGUGUAAAUGCAGCUACGGCGGCGAACAUCUUUAUGAACUACUCCGCACAAGACAGGACCAGAAUGGUUUCGCACGUCAUUCCUGUCUCCGGGGAGCUGCAACAGGGUAACGGUAGCCUAGGUACUGCAGGACUAGGCAGUAUACAGGAUUCUCCUCACUCCUUAAAAAUAAAACAGGAGCCUUUUCAGCUGUCUCCACCAUCCCCACUUCCGCCACUUCAUCAAGUCCUCGACUUUGCUCUCUGAUUUCGAAUCAUCAUCGGGAGCCGAAUGGGAUGACCGAUCAUCAUUUGACGCCUCGAGAGCUCGUACAAUGCACGAGUGCAAAACAACGCUCCCGCUGCGUAUGCGCUAUAGUAAACACGAUAACGUCGAUAGAGAUAAUGAGGGAGGAAGAAAAAGGAUACGUAUGUGAGCAGUUUUAUGUCGGAUCUACAAAAUGGUUACAUGAUCAAUGCUUCGAAAGAUUUGGAAUCUUCCGUAUCUACUGGUAUCAACAAAAGUCUAACUACUCAUCAUCCGUCCUUGAGUCUUCAUCAUUCACACCAUAGCUUGCAUAGUCCGAAUUCGACGAUUUCAAUGCACUCUUCUACCCCAUCUCAACAACAACAACAGCAGCAGCAGCAGCAGCAGCAACAACAACAACAACAACAACAACAGCAUCAUCAUCUGGAAGACAAAGUGUCCUCUCCAAGUGGAGGACUUCAUAGUUCAACGACUAAUAGUAAUCCUUCGACACCCUCUGCACCAUCAACGCCUACUACUGGUACAGAAAAUAGUGCUGGAUCGAAUACAGCUACUAUAACGAAUAAUAAUAACAAUAGUAAUGGCAAUCCUGCUUCAACUACAGCCAGCAAGCCGCCUUUCAGUUAUGUUGCUCUGAUUGCCAUGGCGAUACAACACAGUGCACAAAAAAGGGCGACUCUUAGCGAAAUUUAUGCUUAUAUCACAGCCAAGUUUCCUUAUUUCGAGAAGAAUAAAAAGGGCUGGCAAAAUUCUAUUAGGCAUAAUUUAUCAUUGAACGAGUGUUUCGUCAAGGUACCACGUGAAGGUGGUGGCGAAAGGAAGGGCAACUUUUGGACCCUCGAUCCCCAAUACGAGGACAUGUUUGAAAAUGGUAACUACAGAAGACGCAGACGUAUGAAACGUCCAUACAGAAAUGCUCCUUAUCACAAAUCUAUCUUUGGCGAUCCUUUCUCGCCGACACAUGUCCAUCUUGGUCCUAGAAAUUUAUUCGCCCAUACACCAUCUUCCUAUGCACCUACUACUUACGCGCGAUACGAUACGAGUGCAUGGAGUCUUCAGCAACCACAAUUAUCCUACAGUCAUUGUCAGUCGCUUCAACCACAGUUACAAUCGAUGCAAUCGAUGCAGAUACCGACGAUGAACGGUUAUAGUCAACUGAGUACUUCGUUAAGUGAGUCUCUGCUCUAUCCUCCGAACUUCAGUUCUUUGAGCUCGCGAGUUAUUAGACGACCGUGCAAAGCUUUUCAAGGCAAUUACCUGGAUGUUCCAGGUGGAACGACUGGAUCACCAGGAACUAUGAGCAGUGGAUCAUUUGGUAGCACCUUCACGGCAUGUGGUAGAAGACACGAAACCAGCAUGGCGACUGAAACGAUGCCAGCAAGGUGCUAUUGGCCAGAAAUGGUGAACGUGAAAGAGGAACCAGGUAGUACCACGGCAUCGACAUCAGCCGUCGGCGGUGUUCCACCGACCAUGAUGGGAACAACGGUGCCAUCGAGCGUUACCGCGCCAGCUUUUCCCUCCGUCGAAUUUCAAACGCGAUCGAAGUGUUUCAUGUGAACUGUUUAAUCAAUCGAUUCGAUAUGAAAAAAAAAACAAACAAAAAAGAAAAGAAAAAAAGAAAAGGAAAACCGAUUUUUUUUUUUUUUUACUUUUGGUACGUGAAUACGUGCCAAAUGGAUUUGCGAAUUUCUCUCUCUCUCUCUCUCUCUCUCUCUCUCUCUCUCUCUCUCUGUACCGUUCUUUUCUUCUCUUUGUUUCUUCGAAUAAUUUUUGUUAAAAGAUAUGACGUCUUUAAAGGGAAAGGGAAUGGAUGAGGGUUAGAAGAAGAAGAAGAAAAAAAAAAAAUAGAAACAACGAAUUUAAAAUCGAAACGAAGAGAAUUCGUAUACGAUAUUUCCUAUUUCUGGAUGACUGGAAGCGAAAUAUUCUAGGAUUUUCAUCCGCGUUCCAUUUCGAGUCUUUUGAGAGAAGAUGACACCGACGAAGGACGAAGAGAAAACGAAUGAGUCUGGUAAGCAACGAAGGGGGCGAUGACGACGUGCGGGAUAUAUCGUCGCGAACCAUUGAAACGUUUCUCUGAGAGUCAUGUGAGAGAAUAAAAGUGAAAGAGAGAGAGAGAGAGAGAGAGAGAGAGAGAGAGAGAGAGAGAGAGAGAGAGAGAGAAAAGAGCACGAAUGCUUAUCAAUUUGCACGGUAAACCUAUUCCUUUCCUUCCGUCAACGCGACGAUAUCUCUUCUCUCUUAUUUCUUUACCUAUUCGAAUAUUUAUUUAAAAAUAUCCGAGUAAAAAAAUAAAAAAAAGAAAGAAAAAAAAAAAAAAGAAAGAACAGAA